UGGGCGCUCCCGGCCUGGCGGCAUCGUUCCAGCUCCCGCUGCUGGAUUCGCGCAAGGAGAGCACCGGGGCUUCCCUGUUCCUGCAGGUCUCCUACAUCCCCCCUCCGGGCGCUAUCCCGCUUUUCCCUCCUCCGGCCCCUCCGGAGCCGGCCCCGGCUGCCGCCGAGCUGGACACGGUCACCGAGACGGCCGGAGAGGAGGACGCGGAAGAUCCGGAGGCCGCGGUGGACACGGAGCCCUCGGCGUCCUCGGGAGCGCCGGGCUCGGAGCCGCCGUUGUUCCCGAGGAAACCGUCCGGGAAUCACAUCCAGGGGGUGAAGAGGAGGAGGAGGAGCUCUCCCAAAAAGCCUUUAUCCAACAAACCGCAGGAUUUCCAGAUCCGGGUGAGGGUCAUCGAGGCCCGGCAGCUUCCCGGGAUCCAGAUCCGGCCGGUGGUGAAGGUGACGGUGGCCGGACAAACCCGGAGAACGCGGAUCCGGAAAGGGAACAGCCCCUUCUUCGAUGAGACGUUUUUCUUCAACGUCUUCGAGUCGCCAUCGGAGCUGUUCGAUGCUCCCAUUUUCCUCACGGUCGUGGACUCUCGAUCGUUCCGCGCGGAUUCGGUGAUCGGGGAAUUCCGGAUGGAUGUGGAGGCCGUUUACUCCGAGCCAAAACACGCUUUCCGCAGGAAGUGGCUGCUCCUCUCGGAUCCGGAGGAUUUUUCCGCGGGAGCCAAGGGCUACCUGAAGGUCAGCGCCUGCGUGCUGGGGCCUGGAGACGAAGCUCCCCUGGAGAAGAAGGAUGCGGCCGAGGAGAAGGAGGACAUCGAGUCCAACCUGCUGCGUCCCACCGGGAUCGCGCUCCGGGGGGCCCAGUUCUGCCUCCGGAUCUUCAAAGCCGAGGAUUUGCCCCAGAUGGACGACGCCGUCAUGGACAACGUCCGGCAGAUCUUCGGCUUCGAGAGCAACAAGAAGAACCUGGUGGAUCCCUUCGUGGAAGUCAGCUUUGCCGGGAAAACGCUCUAUUCCCGGAUCCUGGAGAAGAACGCCAACCCCCAGUGGAACCAGUGCCUGACGCUGCCGGCCGUGUUCCCUUCCAUGUGCGAGCGGAUGAGGAUCCGCGUGACCGACUGGGACCGCCUGACGCACAACGACGUCAUCGGCACCGCCUUCCUGGGAAUGUCCAAGAUUUCCGCCCCCGGCGGGGAGCUGGAGGAUGAGUUUCCUGCUCCUGCGAAGCCUCUGAAACCCUCGGAUCUGGAUGACGGGCUGGGAUUCCUGCCGACCUUCGGGCCCUGCUACAUCAACCUGUACGGCAGCCCCCGGGAAUUCACCGGAUUCCCCGAUCCCUACGAGACGCUCAAUCUGGGAAAGGGCGAGGGCGUCGCGUAUCGGGGCCGGAUCCUGGUGGAGCUGGAGACCAAACUGGUGGAGCACAUGGAGCAGAAGGUGGAGGAGAUUCCUGCCGAUGACAUCCUGAGGGUGGAGAAAUACCUGCGCCGGCGGAAGUAUUCCCUCUUCGCCGCCUUCUACUCGGCCACGAUGCUCCAGGGCGUGGACGGCGCCGUCCAGUUCGAGGUCAGCAUCGGGAAUUACGGGAACAAGUUCGACACCACCUGCCUGCCCCUGGCCUCCACCACCCAGUACAGCCGGGCCGUCUUCGACGGCUGUCACUAUUACUACCUGCCCUGGGGGAACGUGAAGCCGGUGGUGGUGCUCUCCUCCUACUGGGAGGACAUCGGACACCGCACGGACGCGCGGAACCUCCUGCUCCACGGCGCCGAGCGGCUG